AUGUCCCCUCACGCGCCCGACACUUCGACGACCUCGACCAGCAUAGCCUUCGCCGACGAAGACGAGCCCUUUACCCCGAGACCUCUCAUCCACGAUCUCCUGCGAACCCGCUACUGCAUCCCUGGCUCCGUCUUUCUUGUCGAGCAAAUUGAGUCGCUUCCUGUCGCCCGUUCGACACGCUGGAGAGCCGUGAGACUGUUACUCGGGGAUGGCGAACUGUGCAUACAGGCGCUCCUGCGUGGAGAGGUGCAUCGGUUCUUGGAUACGGGAGCUGUGAGGGUCGGGUGCUACGUCCGGCUGGGCGAGGUGACGGUUCAUUUCCAGGACGUCGCUACUGAGGACGAGGGCAACGGGAAGACAAGGCAGAUGGUGUACCUCAUUGUCGAAGAUCUUGUCACCGUUGGAUGGCAUCGCGCACUCACCGAGCCUGACGCAAAGCCAUUGAGGCCUGAAGCGCAUUCACCAGAGGAGGACAUCAUUUCCGACAGCGACUUGGACAUUGAAGAUUUCGAACCACCGACAACACCGACCAAGGCUCACCAAGCUCCAAAUACUCCAGCCCCGAGGCAACUCCCACGCCCUACUCCGAAGCCAGCUCCCAGAAUGGUUCGCGAGACCGACGAGGAGGACGACGACGCUGAAGAUGGGUUCGAGGUUAUGCGGGUAUCAGAGACGAAGGCAACACAACGCCGAGCUCAAGCAAGAAGCAUGGGAGGACCGGUUGCCCUCCCACGUGACUGGACCGAUCCGAGCGUCCCGUUGAAGUUGACGAACCUCAAAUCCAUACCAAACCUGCCCUUCAAGCAGAAUUGGUCCGUCAAUGUCCUCGCCGUCGUCGCCUCGCUUUCCGAUGUCGAACCUUCACACAUGCCGCCGCAUACUCAAAGAACCGCACGAUUAGUCGACCCGAGCACUAGCAAGCAGGUCAUCUUGACCGUGUUUCUGGACGCGGAAAACUUUUGUCCUAACGUUGGUAACGUGGUGCUGCUAGUCGGGGUCAAGAACCACCGGUUCGACGGGGGUUGCUUGAAGAAGUAUGUCAGCGACCGGCCUAUGCCCGGCAAUAGGUGGUGGUUCGAGGAGCCUCGACAAUUCGGCUGGUGCGACGUGGACGGCCUGAAGGCAUGGUGGGAGCAAAAGCAGUUGCAAGGGGCCGGCUUGGACGGCACAUGA